ACAAGGAAAAAUUCAAAUGAAAUGAGUGCUGUUGUAUUGUGUACUGCAUGGAUAGAAGUGGAUAAUUCACAUCCAAUAGCGACAUUUCUUGCUGCCCUUUGCAUUGUACUAUAAUUUACACUUACAGUACCUAUAUGUUACAUAUAUUUGAUAUAAGCUUACAUUAGACCAAGCCCGAUGGACAUGGUUGGUUUCCACGUACAGUGUAUGAAAGGUGAAGAUAACGAACAGUGAUCCAUCUCACAACUCCAAUAAGUAAUACAAAAAAGAGAGGCAAACACGGACCCAUGGACACACCAGAGGUGGGAUCAGGUGCCUAGGAGGAGUAAGCAUCCCCUGUUGACCAGUCACAUCCGCCGUGAGCCCUAUAUCUUGAUCAGCUUUUUUAGUAAUCCUCUUGGAGAAGAAAACGUGGACUCAGUGUCUUUGUUAACACGUGUUGCAGUGUUUGACAUAGAAAUCGAUUUCGGCGGAAAAAUAAUGACAUGCGCAUCUGUAUUGUGAGAACAACACCCUCGACUAUGGCGAGGCCCAGGUAUUACCUGUCAGGUAAGCUUAAUUAAGCAUCUCUUCACAUCCACACACAUUGGAUAACAGAAAUGACCCGUUCCCAGGGCACUAGUGUCGAAAUGCUUGGGUAACCUUUUGAUUUUAAUCGUACAAAAGCGAGUAUUGUGGUAAUAAACCUGAAUGAACCAUUGUAAUCUAUCCAACGUGCGGCGAACGGAAGAUUAGAAUACACCUGUUCUUCUGACAAUGUGACUUCAUGAACAAAGAAAAUAUGGGAUUCUAUAGUGGUUUAGUAAAAUCGAGGAACCUGCCAGGUAUUUCUCUCUCUCUCUCUCUCUCUCUCUCUCUCUCUCUUUACUGCCUCCUCUUCUCUCUCCUCCUCCUCUCUCUCUUCUCAUCUCUCUCUCAUUCUUCCCCACAUUUUGAUACACAUUUCUCCUUUUAAACACAAUAAUGCCAUAAAUUAAAAUGAUUUAAGUUGCCCAAUAAAACACUAUUCUAAACCAUAACUACUGUCUGUUGUAGAGCAUGAUUUCAUCAAAUCGCCACAGACACAUGUCUCUGAUCGUCAUGGUAACACAAUUUCUAAGAAAAGCCCAAAUCUAAAGCACCUUGGCGUGGCUCGGAGGAUGAAACGGCUUAGAGUGACAACGUCCGAUUCCUGCGAACAAUUGCCAGCAUGCUCAAUUUUUUAGUACAAGCUUCUAUCACUGCGGACUCUCUACGGAAACUUAUUCAGCGAUUAGCGGUCUCUUUAAAUCCGACAGAGGCUCGUGGCUCCGGCAUCGAUCUAGAAGCCCGUUAUUGCGUGAGGAUUGAGAUUCUUUGGCCUGGAAUAUGACUGCAGGUCCCCUGCUAUGGCUCGUACUCACACCUUUGGCCGUACUCAAGGACUUGCUCUCAAUCAUUAUUUUGUGUCACUAUCGUUGCCAUUUUCACGGGACAGAUGUUGUUUUAAUCUCAAUGCUUGUCUGUAUGGUGCUGAAUGGCUUGGUGAUACCUCUCAGUCCAGCGCUGUUGGAGCUUACAGAGUCUGACUGGAAUGAUCACCUUUGCAACUUUUUUGUGUGGACUGCACUGACCACGCGUAUGGUCCAGGUGUCAAAUCUGGCACUGUUGUCAUUUCAUUGGUCAAAAAUACUCAGAACUUCAACAACACGGUCCAAAGUCAGCACUACUACUGUUGUGAAGAUUGUUCUUCCCGUGUUCUGGUCUGUUGCAAUUGUUGUCGGACUGUUACCCAUCAUCGGAGCUGUCCCAGAUAACUUUAAAACCGAAAACCACUGCCUAUUUUUGCUUUCAGAUCUUGGACUGGGUUUCGUGAUAUUUAUGAUUGUGUUCAUUUUAACAAUGACUUGCAUUUCCUUUGUGUGUUCAUUCGAUUCUCUUGCUCUCGUUCACUAUGCAAAGAAAAUUGCAUUUAUUAAAUACGGAGCAGGAAGAUUUUACUUACCUAGGAAAAAUGAUGGUCUUUCUCCAAAUUACACCGUGCACGAGCGCUACGGACAGAUGAACUUUGCUGCCGAUCUCUGUCGCCUGGUAACCAUGGUGACGUGUUUUGGUCUCAUCUUUAAUCAUAUACCAUAUGUUGUGAUAGAAUUUUUAUAUAUGAGCAUUGGAACAGACAGGGGAUUGUCAGAAGAACUGGUCACGUGGUUAUCUCUGAUGGAGGCUUUAGUUUUACCCUACUUCUUGUGGUUUGGGAGCAGACGGUAUAAGCACGCGAUCUGUUACUUUUUCAAAGUGCACAUCUUGCGCCGUAAACACGAUAGCGAAGAAAAUCCAGAUUCCUGUACACUGCAGUCUUUUACAAGGAAAAUCAAAGAUGUUCAAAUGUUGCCACGUACAUUUCAUGUUCCAAACAAUCUGUCUCCCUCAGACAGAACAAGUAGAAGCUCAUCCACUAGGGGGUGCCAUGGAGGGUCCCCCUUGGAUUUUAACAUUCAAAACAAAAUCAAAGCAAAGAAUGAUUACUGUAGUAAAGUAAACGUUGAUGUUCACAGUAAUGGCGGGUCUUUGGAUUCAAGAGAUAUGAGGCAGUUUCAAAGAUCAGGUUCUUCAGGCUCACGCAACGAGCAAAUGAGGAAGAAAAAUCUUCCAUCCAUAUUCAUUAGCGACACGGUAGACCAUAGUUCACUAAAGCGAUUGAAUGUAGAACCCCGGAACGCAAUGUUGACGGUUCGAGCCAUGUCAGAAACUGAAACUGCUAGCAUACACUCCAUGUAUUAUAUGUCUAGUGACUACCACCCAGACUGCUUGAAUACAGACAGUUUACCCAGAAGUGUCGGAAAAGGACACAAGAAAUCAGCCAGCAAUCCAACCACAAUCACCGAUGGCCGGAUAUAUGUAGAAAGGUGUGGUUUCAAUUCUCUUCCUCGACUGCAUGGGGAACCCGGAGGGAUUAAUUCUGGGUCAAUAGGCAGUAUUCCUAGAAAGAAACCACCAAAGAUGGGGCUACGAAGUAAUUCUGGAAGCUCUCCGAGUCUCCAUCAAUCACACUCGAGGUCGUCAAGUGGAAAUGUUUAUAUUCUUGGUCAUUCAAGGUCUGCUAGUGGAACGAUUUUUAAAUCUUCUAAUAUCGCAAUACCUUAUAUUUGUGAAAUCCAAGCUGGUAGGGACCGUAUGGUCCCGCGACAGUUAAGUGAAAAUAACGACAGCGAAGGAAUAGUUGGUCAGUAUAGUGAAAGCGAUAUUGAUAAUGUUCUCGAAAACAGUUCAAUGCAUUCAGAGGAAAUUCAGAAUAAACCUGUUGAAAUUCAUUCUGUGACAUUCAUUGAAAGACCACAUACAUUUCCCGAUCCUGAACAAACAAGCAGACAAUCGAUGCGACAAAGCAGAACAUUAUUUCCACAUCAAAAAGAUAACGAACAGCUAUCAGAUGAGAAUGACUCUGGGUGCAUGGCAAACUGUGCAGAUGAACAGUACGAAUGUAACUUGAAUAUUCAUGGACAAUCGCAAUCAACAGCAACAAUGGUAUCAGUAGUCGCUGAUGUAGAUGCAGACCUCGAUGGAUUUACUACUAGCGAAUUAUUAUCAUCAAAACCUUACACAUAUUUAUCAAAUAACUUAAAUACGGUUCAAAAUCGUGACUUUAGGUCACCUUGGAUAAAUACCGAAUUUUCUGAAAGUGGUCCGAAGUUUUUUGACAGGGAAAAAUCUGUGGAAUAUGCUUUCUUUAAUCAUCAAGUAAUAUCUUCAGACAAUACGGGUAUAUCAGCUUCACCGAGAUUUGACGAAAAUACCGAUCGCGGUUUCGAAGAAGCUCUAAAUGCAAGUUACAACAGCAGAGAAAGUCUGUGUAGCUGUAAUGGUGCUUAUGUAGAGUCGGUUUCGGAAUGCACUGAUAUGGGCGAAUUCUUUGACACUCACCAUUGUGACGACGAUAGUAAGUUCAAAACCCAGGCCGUCAUAUCUAGAAUAUCACCAGCAAGUCUUACAGAUCCAUUCUGCGAAUCCGAUGACCCAACAUUCGUAAAAUCAAAAGCAACUGAAAACGACAAGAAAGAGGUCAAUUCGACUGAUUCAUCGCCAUGGCCUGUCUCAACUAAAAAUUCCAAAUCUGUUGAUUUUUCUUUCGAAUCUGAUUUCUCUAACGAGCGACAGGAAGCUGAUGGCGGCGGUCUAUACCAGGACAUUGAGGCUGUGUACUUCUGAUCAGGGUAUUAUUAGGAUGGCUUUUUUGUAUGAAUUUGUCCAGUACGAUCAUAUACUUUUAUUAGACAAUUUGUUGAUGAAUUCGUCCAAUACGAUCAUAGACUUUUACCCUACUAUUUUUUGAUGAAUUUGUCCAAUACGAUCGUAGGUCCUUCUUGAGGUGGAAUGAAACCAUGGUCUCACCACCCGUAUCUACAAACGAAAACUUAGGAAAAGAAUCUUUCUUCAUGAAUCUGCAAUCGACAAUCAUCGACACUUGCAUCACCAUGUUUGUUAUAUUGUUGUUUUAUUUGUUACUCAGUAAAAGUCUCUACUUUGA